GUCAGAAACGCCAAAGUUGCCAAUUAAUUCUACGCCUUCACAGCUACCACUCACUUAUCGUCUUAUAUCACGACGGACUAAAAAUAUUGACAUUGAUCCCAAAAGUGAUAAGUGUGAUUGGCCACCAGAAGAGGCGUCUUUUAGUAUAUAUCUUAACAAUAAUCUUGUCAAAUUGGAACGUAAACAACGGAUACUUCAUAAUGGAGUGGAACAGUAUCAAGGAGUUGACCGUCCAGUAGAUGUGUCUAGAUAUAUGUGUGCCGGGUGGAAUACCAUUGCGAUAAAUCAAUGUGGAUGUGAGCGUGAGAUAUCAAUUCAGGUUUUCGCAUGGGAGAGUCAAGAGUUCGUAUUGCGCUUAGCCAGGCUUCAAAGACUGACGUACGAACAUGGAUUAUCAAUUGCCAAGGUGAAACAAUCCCGUUCUGGUGGUUCCAAUGGUUCUCAUGACAUAAUGCAUACUAGCCAUACCGCUAUAUCUGAAAAUUUGCAAAGUAAUCCUGGCUAUACAAUAACAACAAUUGAUGACGACGACGAUGAGGUCACAGCUUACAAAAUGACAGUAAGUCUUAAAUGUCCACUUAGUAUGGUGCGAAUUAAAGAGCCUGCCAAAGGUCUUUAUUGUGUGCAUAUAGGGUGUUUUGACCUUGAAACUUAUGUCCAAGUCAAUAUGGUUCAUACAAAAUGGACAUGUCCAGUGUGCAAUGGUAUUGUGACAUCAGAGACAUUACGCGUCGAUGAAUAUUUCAUUAAAUUACUCGAACAAUUCUCAUCUAAUGUUUCUAAAAUUGCAAUCGAUUCAAAUGGAACAUGGUCUAUUGUAGAGCAGGAUGAUAAUGACGCUGAGUCGUCAGAUGAUGAGAGUUCGAACGUAAAACGACGUGACAACACUAAUUCUACGUUACCAAAACAGAGUGAGAAUCCACCAGCAUUGGAGUCAUUAGCACUGGUGGCAUCUGCUCAGAUGCAUUUACCACAACUAUCAGAACCACCAUCGUCUCAUAUUGUCCCUCAGAUGCAUUUACCUUUGUUAAUGGACCCAUUACCCUCUCCGGAUGCUAAUAAUGAUGCGACCACUAAUAAUGAACUUAAAGCCCACUGCCGUACUCAAGAAGCAAACCCAAGUACUUCGACACCACCUAAUGAUGAAGAUCUACCUAAUGAUGAAGAUCCACCUAAUGAUAAUGAUCCACCUAAUGAUAAUGAUAGAUGGGAGGAAUACGAAGAG